AUGUAUUCUCUCUAUGUCAACAACCAACAUGGUACUUUAGUUUAUCAAAAGCAUUUCAGUGAAGAAAUAAAAUUAAAUAGUAAUGAAGAAAUAAGACUUGCUUCUAUGUUACAUGGAAUUUCAACCAUUUCCGAAAAAAUUAAUGUGUAUUCAUUAUAUGAGAAAAAAACGAAUAUAUUUCAAUCAUUAGAAAAAAAAGGCAUAGAAACUAUUGAAGGAGAUGGUUUUAAAAUUCAAUGUUACGAUACAUUAACAGGUAUCAAAAUAUUUAUAGUUCACAAAGAUGACUUAAAUAUUGAGAUGAAUACAUAUUUAAAAAGGGUAUAUGAAUUGUAUAGUGAUAUCAUACUGAAGAAUCCUUUUUAUGAUAUUGAUAUGCCUAUACGUUCAGCAGUUUUUAAUGAACAAAUUGAAAAACUCUUUUCCAACAUAAGCUGA